AUGGAGUUGGGAGACAGAGUAGAUUUAAAUCUCAAGAGAUUUAACAAGUUCGAAGCUAUUGAUGGAAGUGCUUCGUGGGAUCAUCACUUCAUCAACUAUAGGUGCUGUCACCCCUCUUGCUACCCUGUAUGUUUAAUUAGUAACAUUGAGAGAGAGUGGGGAAAGCUGCACAGAGAAUUAGAAAAGAAAGAUGGUUCUUCCAAUGGAGUCAGUUUUUCUUUUAGAACUUACAACGAAAUAAAAGAUCUGAUAAGAGGUCACCAUGCAGAAGAAGUGAAACACAAGGUUGAGAAACUGAGGCAUGAUAAUCUUGUCAAGAAGGUGGAAAAGAAACUUGUCUCUUCUCAGAAAAAAACUAUUGAUAGCUGA